AUCGAAUGUCUAAAGCCCAUUUAUACGAUCUACAAUGACAAAACAUUCUAAAUGAAUAUUAAACGUAAAAUUCACCGUACUCGAUGACAACCAAACAGCUAUCCCAAAAUGACAAAUUAUCCGUUAAAUCCUUCCUCUACAACAACGUGCUGAGCCGCAUCAUGGUCCUCACCUUCCUCGUCAAAACGCCCAGCUACCGAGCGAAGAAACUAGUAUGCUUCUCCCGCGACGAGAUGUACAACAUCGUCUCCGACGUGCAGAACUACGAGUCCUUCCUGCCGUUCUGCACCCGGUCCACCAUCACCGAGAGCACCUUCGACGACGGCGUCUCCAAGCAGUGGUCGGCCACCUUGGAGAUCGGCUUCCCGCCCAUCACCGAGAACUUCACCUCGACCGUGGUGGCCAAUCGGCCGCACUCGGUGCAGGCCUUCUGCACCGACGGCAAGCUGUUCGAGUACCUGGAGACGACGUGGAUCUUCGACAAGGCGCCCUCGGGCGACGCCCAGACCUGCGUCAUCGAUUUCAGCGUCAGGUUCAAGUUCCGGUCGGUGUUCUACGCCCACCUGGCGUCGAUCUUCUUCAACAAGCUGGUGCAGAACAUGGAGAAGUCGUUUAUUGAGGAGGCCAGGCGGCGGUACGGCAGGGAGGCGGCGCCUGUUUUCGAAAUGGAGACGCACAACGAUGAGGAUUUUAAAACUUGAUUGGUA